AUGGAGAAAACUCUGAUAAAUCUAGGGAAGCCCAUUAGAGCAAAUCCCAUAGAGAAACCUUACAGUAAGUCAAAUAGAUUCUCUAUAUCAGCCUUUGUAUUCUUCAUCUUCAUAUGUUUCUCUAUGAUCCAUUUCCAUCCUUCUCCUUCUAAACUCUUCCACAACACCAAAUUCUGGUUCUUUCUCUCCAACGCCCUCAUUCUUAUCAUCGCCGCCGAUUCCGGUGCCUUCUCUUCUUCCGAACAGAAAUAUGAUCUCUGUGAGGAGUACUUGAUGAACAGCAGAGCAAGGAUUAAUGCUUCAUCAUUUGUCAAGGAGCCCCUGCCGGAAAAUGUUGCUAAAGGUGGCGGCGGCGAUCUUGAGAAGUCACUGGCUAUUCACACAGAGAGCAAAACAUUACAUGAAAGUAUCCCAGAAGACAUCUCUUAUAAGAGUGAGAAUUCUGAAAGUUUGGAAGAGAAUACAAGUGGAACAAGUAGAGAAGAGGAAACCCAUGUUGAAGAUGAAGCUUGUCAAGAAAAGGAAGAGGAAACCCAUGUUGAAGAUGAAGCUUGUCAAGCAAAGGAAAAGGAAACCCAUGUUGAAGAUGAAGCUUGUCAAGCAAAGGAAGUUCCUUGUUUGGAAACUGAAGAGGAUGAGCUGAGGUCUCAAGAGAACGAAUUCUCAGCCAUGUCUGAUGAAGAGCUUAACAGAAGAGUUGAGGAGUUCAUAAGGUUUAAUAGGCAAAUGAGACUUCAAGAGAGUAGGAUGCUUGUACUGGUUGGAGAUAAUUAG